AGCGGGGCCAGCCCUACAAACGCGAAUGUCUGUGGGUGACUGGCUGACUGACUGAAUGAUGAAGUUACACCAUUGGUCGCCCGAGUUAUGAAGUUACACCAUUGGUCGGCCAGAUCACAUGUGUUAGGUCCAGCCAUAUACUAGGUUUUAACCUGGUCUUGUUUUCUACAGCCUAUGGUACAUCCUCAUCUUCCAUUGCAGUGGUAGACCACUGAAAUUGGCAGUACACCAGCCACAAAGCUCAUGGCUCUUAAAUGGACCGAAAAGAGGAGGUCACUGUAUGGACUGUUCCCUUAUAAAUCCAGUAUGAUUGGACUUGAAUCUCUGGCUGACCCAUCAGGAGACUGGGAUAUCCUGGAGACCAUUGGGAAGGGAACCUAUGGGAAGGUCUACAAAGUAUGCAACAAAAAGAAUGGGAGUAUUGCAGCUGUAAAAGUCCUUGACCCCAUCAAUGAUGUUGAUGAGGAGAUUGAAGCAGAGUACAAUAUCCUCAGAUCUUUGUCCAAUCACCCCAAUGUAGUCAAGUUCUAUGGCAUGUUCUACAAAGUGGACAACUACUCUGGGGGACAACUCUGGUUGGUUCUGGAGGUGAGAUCCUUCACCUUUGCACCGUUGUUGACUACACUGGGAGUCCUGUGCUGUGGUCUCUUUUACAUGUGUCUGGCAGAGGAACAAAUAAAACCUUGCUGUGCCACUUGUGCUCCAUUUUGUAAAUGAGGUCUAUUCAGU